UGGGUCUUUUCCAGUCAACUCGGAUAGCACACGUACCAUGUGCUGGGAGCCGCAAGGAACAGAGAGAGAGCAGGUUCCGUCCUUGGGGAGUGCUUGAAGUGGAUGUUCAGAUAAAAGUUUGCUGAGUGAAUGCACGGAUAAAUGGUUGACUGAAGAAAGUUUCAGGGCUGAAUAAGCUUCCCUAUCCCACACCCAUUUGCGCGCACGGCUUUCUCCGGACUGGCCAGCAGAGGGCGCUAAGAUCCGCCGGCCUCGGCUUCGGGUGGGGAUUCACGCCUGGGUCCUCGGGAGGACUCCGCGCGCUGACGUCAUAUCCGCGCCUAGGUGUCAGAAUCCGGGGGGCGGGACGUAAGGAGCCAAACGUGAACAGGCCAGCAGUUUCUGCGACUCAGACUCUGGCCUCUGCGUGGGGAGUUCCAAGCCUUGGCGUAUCCCUUCAAUCAACAGGAGUCCGGGAGACGUCAGGUCUGGUCAGCACUGGAAAAGAUGCCAGUACCCCCUACCACGUAUGAAAGAAUAGUUUACAAAAAUCCCUCUGAGCAUCACUACAUGAAAGUCUGCCUAGAAUUUCAAGAUCGUGGGGUUGGACUGAAUGCUGCACAGUUCAAACAGUUGCUGAUUUCAGCCUUGAAGGACCUGUUUGGGGAGGCUGAUGCUGCCUUACCCUUGGACCUCCUGACCUAUGACGAGGGGACCUUGUCAGCCGUCUUGAGAAUAUGUAGCAGUGGUCUUGUCAAAUUGUGGAGCUCUUUGACCCUAUUUGGAUGCUAUAGAGGCAAUAAAUGUGCCUUCAAAGUAAUUCAGGUUUCUCCAUUUCUCCUUGCAUUAUCUGGCAAUAGUAGAGAACUAGUAUUGGACUGACUAGUCUUCAACUUCAGAAACAUUCCUCUGCUCUCAAAAGUACUUUUGGACGCCAACCUAAUGUUUGAAGACUGAAGCAGGGUAAAAGCUCCUACUCGCGGAAUCAAGGGUGCUGAGGAUGUUCCCCGUGCUUUCU